UAGUCAAGGAGGUUUGCCUAACAUAGUUGGUUUCACAACGUAGUUACUUUUUGUUUUAUUCUUCUUAAUUUCAUCAAUAUUCUCGACCUCUUCGAUCCGAUGAUGGCUGAUAUCAGACAAGCAACAAUGGUUGAUAUACCAGCAAUUCAAGCUUGUGACUUGCUUUGUUUUCCAGAGGAAGAUCCUUGGGAUUAUUAUCUUUAUGAAGAAUAUAUAGAUUUUUGGCCACGACUUGUUUAUGUUGCAGAAGACUCUGGUAAUGGUUGUAUUGUGGGAUUUGUUUUUGCUCAGGUGGAUGGAGAAGGUACAGAAACUCAUGGUUAUAUUGCAAAUUUAGGUGUGCUUCCUACUCACCGGAAAUCAGGGAUUGCUCAGAAACUGAUGGAUGCUGCGCAGAACGCGUUGGUACAAGAAUAUGGGUGUGAAUAUGUUUCUCUUCAUGUUCGAACAAGUAAUCAUGCUGCAAUUAGUCUUUUUACUGAAAAAUUAGGAUAUAAUUACGCGAUUGCAGCUAAUUUUUAUAGAAAUGGGGAAGAUGCUUAUGUUAUGAGGAAACAACUUCAAGGAAAACUAACAGAUCAUCUUGGGCACGGAUUAUUCAUUGCGGUGGCUGGUCGGAUUCUUCUGUUGUUACAGAACUGUUGUUGACUUGAUUUCUUAUAUGUAUCCUAGAGUCCAUCCGCCCCGGCCCUCACUUUAUCUUGUAAAAAACCUUCUCUUGUACCUUCUUAAAGUCCGGGCGGCUAUCACCUGAGAAAUGUAAUUGUAAUUGAACAUUUAAUAAUUUUAAUUAGGAUCAAGCCGCUUUCGUGUAAUCGAGUCAAAACAAAAUACAAGUUUAAGAUGUUUUAA